AUGCAAUCACUGCAUGAGAACGGGACGAGGCACGAGACAAGCGUCCUGUCAAGUCGGAACGAAACCACGAUUUUCCUCUCCAUCACAAGACUUCCUUGUCUGCAUCAUCUGCCAGCAUCGCGAAGACCAUCGGCCGUCAUUUUCUCAGUGUUGCACCAAUACUCUUGGCAUCUAAUCUUUCCAGCCUCGGGUUCAGAGAGCACUUGA